GCGCUGGCGUGGCGGUGGCGCCGCUGCAGGACGCGAGGAAGCCAACAGGCAAGUGGCGAAGGUGGCGGCAGCAGCGGCGGUGGCAGUCCCCGGCGAAGGCGACGGCUCCGAGGCCGAGUGGCGGUCCGGCAGAGUCCUCCGUGUCCUCCUCCGCAUGAGCUCUUUGUGAUCAGCCUUUGAGCCUUUCCCACAUUGAAGAUGGUGAAGCUAGAUAUUCAUACUCUGGCUCAUCACCUCAAGCAGGAGCGCUUAUAUGUAAACUCAGAGAAACAGCUCAUUCAGAGGCUCAAUGCAGAUGUACUUAAGACAGCUGAAAAGUUGUAUCGUACGGCUUGGAUUGCGAAGCAACAGAGAAUCAAUUUGGAUCGGCUUAUCAUAACCAGUGCUGAAGCUUCCCCUGCUGAAUGUUGCCAACAUGCCAAGAUUUUGGAAGAUACACAAUUUGUUGAUGGGUAUAAACAAUUGGGAUUUCAGGAGACUGCUUAUGGAGAAUUCUUGAGUCGAUUGAGAGAAAAUCCUCGUCUUAUUGCCUCCUCUUUGGUUGCUGGAGAGAAACUUAAUCAAGAGAAUACACAAAGUGUUAUUUACACAGUUUUUACCUCCCUGUAUGGCAAUUGCAUCAUGCAAGAAGAUGAAAGCUACCUCCUUCAGGUUUUGCGAUACUUGAUUGAAUUUGAACUUAAAGAAAGUGACAACCCUAGGCGACUUUUGAGGAGAGGAACUUGUGCCUUCAGCAUCUUAUUUAAACUUUUUUCUGAAGGACUGUUUUCUGCCAAACUUUUCCUCACAGCCACUUUACAUGAGCCAAUUAUGCAACUGCUUGUUGAAGAUGAAGAUCACCUGGAAACAGAUCCAAAUAAGCUAAUUGAAAGGUUCUCCCCAUCUCAGCAGGAAAAACUCUUCGGAGAGAAGGGCUCAGAUAGAUUUAGGCAAAAAGUUCAAGAAAUGGUGGAGUCCAAUGAAGCCAAACUAGUGGCUUUGGUGAACAAAUUUAUUGGUUAUCUCAAACAGAACACAUACUGUUUUCCACAUAGUUUAAGGUGGAUCGUGUCUCAGAUGUACAAAACCCUUUCCUGUGUAGAUAGGCUGGAAGUUGGGGAGGUCAGGGCAAUGUGUACUGAUCUCCUGCUGGCCUGCUUCAUUUGUCCUGCAGUUGUCAAUCCAGAACAGUAUGGAAUAAUUUCCGAUGCUCCUAUUAAUGAGGUGGCACGAUUUAAUCUGAUGCAGGUGGGCCGCCUUUUGCAGCAGUUAGCAAUGACUGGCUCUGAAGAGGGAGAUCCCCGAACAAAGAGCAGCCUUGGAAAAUUUGACAAAAGCUGUGUUGCUGCUUUCCUUGAUGUUGUGAUUGGGGGCCGUGCUGUGGAGACCCCUCCAUUGUCUUCCGUUAAUCUUCUGGAAGGAUUGAGCAGAACUGUGGUUUAUAUAACCUACAGUCAGCUUAUUACUCUGGUGAAUUUUAUGAAGAGUGUCAUGUCUGGAGAUCAACUAAGAGAAGAUAGAAUGGCUCUUGACAAUUUAUUGGCAAACCUACCCCCGGCCAAGCCAGGAAAAAGCAGCAGUUUAGAAAUGACUCCAUACAAUACACCUCAGCUGUCUCCAGCAACCACUCCAGCAAAUAAAAAGAAUCGAUUACCUAUAGCAACUCGAAGCAGAAGCCGCACCAAUAUGCUAAUGGACCUACAUGUGGACCAUGAAGGAUCAUCUCAAGAAACCAUCCAGGAGGUGCAACCAGAAGAGGUGUUGGUCAUUUCCUUAGGGACAGGUCCUCAGCUUACUCCAGGGAUGAUGUCAGAAAACGAGGUCCUAAACAUGCAGCUUUCAGAUGGAGGACAAGGAGAUGUCCCUGUUGAUGAAAACAAACUCCAUGGUAAACCUGAUAAAACCUUGCGCUUUUCCCUCUGCAGUGAUAAUCUGGAAGGAAUAUCUGAAGGUCCUUCAAAUCGCUCCAAUUCAGUGUCCUCCCUAGACCUAGAAGGAGAGUCUGUGUCAGAACUUGGAGCAGGACCUUCCGGGAGUAAUGGAGUUGAAGCUCUACAACUGUUAGAGCAUGAGCAAGCUACAACACAAGAUAACCUUGAUGAUAAACUAAGAAAGUUUGAAAUUCGUGACAUGAUGGGAUUAACAGAUGAUAGGGACAUAUCAGAAACAGUGAGUGAGACCUGGAGUACAGACGUCUUGGGAAGUGACUUUGACCCUAAUAUUGAUGAAGAUCGUUUGCAAGAAAUUGCAGGUGCAGCAGCAGAGAACAUGUUAGGCAGUUUGCUGUGCCUGCCAGGUUCAGGGUCAGUGCUUCUUGACCCUUGCACUGGUUCUACCAUAUCAGAGACAACAAGUGAAGCUUGGAGUGUGGAGGUAUUGCCAAGUGACUCGGAGGCUCCAGACCUAAAGCAGGAGGAACGUCUACAAGAACUGGAGAGCUGUUCUGGACUGGGUAGCACAUCUGAUGAUACGGAUGUCAGGGAGGUCAGUUCCCGCCCCAGCACACCAGGCCUCAGUGUUGUGUCCGGCAUAAGUGCAACCUCUGAGGAUAUUCCCAAUAAGAUUGAAGACCUGAGAUCUGAGUGCAGCUCUGAUUUUGGGGGUAAAGAUUCUGUUACUAGUCCAGACAUGGAUGAAAUAACUCACGGUGCCCACCAGCUGACCUCUCCUCCUUCUCAGUCAGAGUCUCUGCUGGCCAUGUUUGAUCCACUGUCUUCGCAUGAAGGGGCUUCCGCUGUGGUAAGGCCAAAGGUUCACUAUGCUAGGCCUUCGCAUCCACCACCAGAUCCCCCAAUCCUGGAAGGAGCUGUGGGAGGAAAUGAGGCCAGGUUGCCCAACUUUGGUUCCCAUGUUUUAACUCCAGCUGAAAUGGAGGCAUUCAAGCAAAGGCAUUCUUACCCUGAGAGACUAGUUCGAAGCAGGAGCUCUGAUAUUGUGUCUUCGGUCCGGAGACCCAUGAGUGACCCCAGCUGGAACCGGCGUCCAGGAAAUGAAGAGCGGGAACUCCCUCCAGCUGCAGCCAUUGGUGCUACUUCUUUGGUGGCUGCACCUCACUCAUCAUCUUCAUCCCCGAGUAAAGACUCCUCAAGAGGAGAGACUGAAGAACGCAAAGAUAGCGAUGAUGAGAAAUCAGACAGGAACAGACCUUGGUGGAGAAAACGUUUUGUUUCAGCCAUGCCUAAAGCUCCUAUACCAUUUAGAAAGAAAGAAAAACAAGAAAAAGACAAAGAUGAUCUGGGGCCUGACAGAUUCUCAACACUCACAGAUGAUCCUAGCCCUAGACUCAGUGCACAAGCUCAGGUCGCUGAGGAUAUUCUGGACAAAUACAGGAAUGCCAUUAAACGGACCAGCCCCGGUGAUGGAGCAAUGGCCAACUAUGAAAGUACAGAGGUUAUGGGUGAUGGUGAAAGUGCACAUGAUUCUCCCCGUGACGAAGCGCUGCAGAACAUCUCAGCUGAUGAUCUUCCAGACUCUGCAAGCCAAGCAGCCCACCCGCAGGAUUCAGCUUUCUCUUAUAGAGAUGUGAAAAAGAAACUGAGGCUUGCUCUUUGCUCUGCGGACUCUGUUGCCUUCCCAGUGCUGACCCAUACAACAAGGAAUGGUUUACCAGACCACACAGACCCAGAAGACAAUGAAAUUGUAUGCUUUUUAAAAGUUCAAAUAGCUGAAGCAAUUAAUUUACAAGAUAAGAACUUAAUGGCUCAACUUCAGGAAACAAUGCGCUGUGUGUGCCGUUUUGAUAAUAGGACUUGUAGGAAACUGCUGGCUUCGAUUGCUGAGGACUACAGGAAAAGAGCCCCAUAUAUUGCUUAUCUCACUCGUUGUCGGCAAGGACUACAGACCACACAGGCUCACCUGGAAAGGCUGUUGCAAAGGGUUCUGCGGGACAAAGAAGUGGCCAAUCGAUACUUUACCACUGUCUGUGUGAGAUUACUGCUUGAGAGCAAAGAAAAGAAGAUCAGGGAAUUCAUUCAAGACUUUCAGAAACUCACAGCAGCUGAUGAUAAAACUGCUCAGGUAGAAGAUUUUUUGCAGUUUCUUUAUGGUGCAAUGGCCCAGGAUGUCAUAUGGCAAAACGCGAGUGAAGAACAGCUUCAAGAUGCACAGCUGGCCAUUGAGCGAAGUGUGAUGAACCGGAUUUUCAAACUUGCUUUCUACCCUAAUCAGGAUGGGGACAUACUCCGUGACCAGGUUCUUCAUGAACAUAUCCAGAGAUUGUCUAAAGUAGUGACUGCAAAUCACAGAGCUCUUCAGAUACCAGAGGUUUAUCUUCGAGAAGCACCGUGGCCGUCUGCACAAUCAGAAAUCAGGACAAUAAGUGCUUACAAAACCCCCCGGGACAAAGUACAGUGCAUCCUGAGAAUGUGCUCUACAAUUAUGAACCUCCUGAGCCUGGCCAAUGAGGACUCUGUCCCUGGAGCAGACGACUUUGUUCCUGUGUUGGUGUUUGUGUUGAUAAAGGCAAAUCCACCCUGUUUGCUGUCCACUGUGCAGUAUAUCAGUAGCUUUUAUGCUAGCUGUCUGUCUGGAGAGGAGUCCUAUUGGUGGAUGCAGUUCACAGCAGCAGUAGAAUUCAUUAAAACCAUCGAUGACCGAAAGUGACCAAGACCAGAGUCCACCAAGGCAGCAGACUGUUAGUCAGACAAACAGAUCUCUAAGAAAGCGCAUCAGCUGCAUUGAAGGGUGAAGAUUGUUUUGUAUAAUAUUGUACAUCAUCAGGCAUUUUAAAGCAGAUCUUUACUAAACAGGUUAAUGAGCUAACAAGCAGGUUCUCUCGUCUUUGGGCUCCUUCCUUUCUGAGUUGCAUAUUCUAUUUUCUUGUCCCCAAGUAGAGACUAGUACUACAAAAAGGGACCACGUUUUUCAGGUAAUUUCUAAAUAUUAAAAAACAGAAAAAAAAAAUCUCUUAGAAAAUUUCUAGAACCCCAUUCUAGACCCCCUUUUUUUCCCUUUUAUUUUAAAAAAGAACAGUACUCCUCUUUUAAGAUGCUAUCUUAUUAAUAUGCAUCUAAUGGAAAGAAGACAUAAGUUGCACUGAGGAUUAUAAUAGUGGUGCAUUAGUGGCAUUACCUAUAAAUACACUCACCUAAAUUGAAAAGCUAAGAAGGAAAUGUAAAUAUAAUAUAUAUUUAUAUUUGAUGUAAUAUGGACAUCUACAGAUUCUAAUAAACAAGGACUAUUGCUGAUAGUAGGCCGUGACAUACUGUCUUGUGAAAUGGUUUCCUUGACAAAAUUUAAGCUGAGCUUAAAAGCAAAAAACAGGAAGUACACAGAAAUAUUUAUUAAAGUGUAAUACAGUUUAUCGAACUUUCUAGGUAUGGAAUUUGACACACAGGGCUGCCUUUAAUGAGUGUGAAAGUCACUAAGUCACGCAGACAUCUCACCAUGGGAGUUUGUGAGCCUGCAUGUAGGGGAUAGACUGAUUACCAUACACGGUAAAAAGGAACAGUGGAUAGCUAAUAAUUAUGGUGGUGGUUCUCCUCUGAAGUAAUAUACUGCAGAAAUCCCAGACAGAGCUCCUUACAACCUUUAAUUGUAAUAUAUUUUUGAUGAUUAUUCACAUUGAAUGCACAGACCAGGAAUUCAGUGAAUGUCAUUUUUUUAAAAAACUAAUUUGUAUUGUCUGCUCUAGUGAUACAAGUUUUACUAGUUAUAAACUAUUUUAAUCAACCAUUCUAUUCUUAUGGAAAAAAAUCUAUUUUGGCAGUUUUCUGUGCCUUUAUUUCCCUCUUCUGAAAAAAAGUCUGUGUUUUCAUAGUUUGAUUUGCAUUAUAUUCAAUAAUUAAUCAGGAAUGGGUUUUGGUGCCUAAAAAAUUGGCCAAGGAGGCACACCAAAGGUUCAAGCACAAGUCUUGUUCGUGGACCAUCACUGUCUGGUUUCGCUUUGUAUGUUUCCUAAACACAUUUAGCUGCUUUUAUAACAAACUCAGCCCCAUACUUGAGUCCCUUGUUGUUUGCAGCACUUCCAGGCAUCUUUUAAGGAAACUGUGACAAACAGCCUCAGGCAGAUGAAUAUGGAGGUUGUCUGCCUCUGAGAUCUCCAUGUCUGGGGAUGCCUAAAGAAACUGAUUUUCUUUUUUUUUUUUUUUUUUUUUGAGACUGAGUCUCGCUCUGUCGCCUAGGCUAGAGUGCAGUGGUGCGAUCUCAGUCCACUGUAACCUCCGCUUCCCGGAUUCAAGCAAUUCCCCUGUCUCAGUCUCCUGAGUAGCUGGGACUACAGGUGUGCACCACCAUGCCCAGCUAAUUUUUGUAUUUUUAGUAGAUACGGGGCUUCACCGUGUUGGCCAGGAUGGUCUCAAUCUUCUGACCUCGUGAUCCACCCACCUGGGCCUCCCAAAGUGUGGGGAUUAUAGGUGUGAGCCACCGUGCCUGGCCAGAAACGAGAUUUUCUUUAUGCCUCCACCCCUUCUCAUUAAGUACUUUACAAUACCAAAAUAACAAAUUGUAUAGGAGUGUAGGAUGUGGUUUCCGCCUUCUAGGGAGAGAUCAGAAUUAAACUAGUACUAUGAAAUGUCCUUUUGAAUGUUAGGUCAAGAAAUCCUUGUAGUCAUGCACUUCAUGGGCUGUAACUGUCAAACUUGCCUAGUGUCACAGGUUAAAUCUCAUUAUAAAAACAUCAUGAAGGCCAGCUGUGUGGUUUUUGAGACCUAGAUGGCAGUCCAUUUACUUUAGCAUUUGAUUCAGUAAAUGUUAAGCAGCAGCAGACUUUGAAUGGUUGAAGUUCAUUGUUACAGGAUUUAACUCAUAAACCAACGAGAGAUUUUUUUUUUUCUCCGCAAUGGUUGCUAAGUCUAUUCCAUGUUAACACUGUGGAAAUAAACAUGAAGAUGUGGACAUUG